UAACCUCUCACCUCCCCGUGAUCUCACGGCGUCCAGCCCCCCACGUCCCCGGAUAGCCGGGCCGAGCGCGGGGAAGCAGCAGGGCCAGCGCGGCGGGCGGCGGAGGAAGACGCGGGGCUGCACAGACGGCUCUCGGAUAGGAGGAGGAGAGAGCAGGCGGCGGAGGAGGGGAGAGCAAGCGGCGGAGGAGGGGAGAGCCGCCUAGAGGAGGGAGCAGAGGCGGGAGGAGACACAUGCGCGCUGCCUGCCGCCGCCGCAGUCCUUAGCUUGCCAGGGACAGGAAAGCUUCGAGACCGAGCUGCCACUGCCGCCUCCGCUUCUGCCCCCCCCCACCCCCAUUCCGCGCGCCUCCCACACCCUCUUCCCCUUCUCCCAGCAUCUCUCGGUGGAGCACUGCAGGGACUCGGCCCGGGCUGCCGUCUCCCCGACCCGGGGGAAAGCUGUGACCCCCCCCGCAGGAGCGGCGGGGCGGGGUGGGGGGCCCGGGAGAAGAUGGCGACGCCGGGAAGCGAACCCCAACCUUUCGUCCCUGCCCUGUCAGUGGCUACUCUGCACCCCCAUCAUCAUCCCCCGCCCCACCACCAUCAGCACCACGGAGGAGCCGGAGCCAGCGGCGGGGCCGGAGGAGGCGGUGGCGGCGGCGGCGGCGGGGGCUUCAACCUGCCCUUGAACCGGGGGCUGGAGCGCGCGCUGGAGGAAGCGGCCAACUCCGGGGGCUUGAACCUCAGUGCUAGGAAACUGAAGGAAUUUCCCAGGACGGCGGCCCCCGCGCACGACCUCUCGGACACGGUGCAGGCAGAUUUAUCUAAAAACAGACUGGUUGAAGUUCCAAUGGAAUUGUGCCAUUUUGUAUCACUGGAAAUUCUUAAUCUGUAUCAUAAUUGUAUCAGAGUCAUUCCAGAGGCCAUCAUUAAUCUGCAGAUGCUGACUUACUUAAAUUUAAGUCGGAAUCAGCUGUCCGCCCUGCCGGCCUGCCUGUGUGGUCUGCCUCUCAAAGUCUUAAUUGCAAGUAACAACAAACUUGGAUCGCUGCCUGAAGAGAUAGGUCAGCUCAAACAGUUAAUGGAGUUGGACGUCAGCUGCAACGAGAUCACAGCCUUGCCUCAGCAGAUAGGGCAAUUGAAAUCCCUACGAGAACUGAAUGUCAGAAGAAAUUACCUUAAAGUUUUACCACAAGAACUAGUAGAUCUUCCCUUGGUAAAGUUUGACUUUUCCUGCAAUAAAGUGCUCGUGAUUCCCAUUUGUUUUAGAGAGAUGAAGCAGCUGCAAGUAUUACUGCUUGAGAAUAACCCUUUGCAGUCUCCUCCAGCACAGAUUUGCACCAAGGGCAAAGUGCACAUAUUUAAGUAUCUGAGCAUCCAGGCAUGCCAGAUUAAGACAACUGACUCCCUUUAUCUCCACACCAUGGAGAGGCCACAUUUACACCAGCACGUGGAAGACAGCAAGAAGGAUUCUGACUCGGGCGUUGGGAGUGAUAAUGGAGACAAGCGAUUAUCUGCCACAGAGCCUUCUGAUGAAGACACCGUUAGCCUCAAUGUGCCAAUGUCAAAUAUCAUGGAAGAAGAACAGGUCAAGGAGGACCCCUGCCAUCGCCUUAGUCCAGUUAAAGGGGAAUUUCAUCAGGAAUUUCAACCAGCGCCUUCCCUUGUGAGUGACAAUGAGAACUCAGGAGAAGAAAGAGACCAAUUUUCCCACGGAACAGACGUUCUCCAUUCGGAAUUUAUACACUAUAUUAAGGAAAGGACUGAGGCCUGUGAAGAACUGUUACGGAUAGAAGAGGACGCACACUGGCCGUCUGAGGGGAUAAUAAGUUCAUCCAAAGACCAGGACAUGAAUAUAGCAAUGAUUGAACAGCUGAGAGAAGCAGUGGAUUUGCUGCAAGAUCCCAACAGAUUAAGCACAGAUAUUACAGAGCGAAGUGUUGUAAACUUUUACCCUGUGGACUCAGCAGAAGACUUAGAAUUACAAGACUCUGCACUAAAUGGUCAAAUACAGUUGGAGACGUCUCCAGAACGUGAGGUUCAAAAUGAUCUAACAUUACAGAGUAAUGGGAGCGAGUAUUCUCCCAAUGAGAUGAGAGAGAACUCCCCUGCCAUCUCUCCUACCAACGCCAGCACAGCUCUGUUUGGCCUGAAGCCUCGAUCAGACCCAGCCCUCACUCUUCCUCCUAUCUCCUUCAACAAACUUACACAGGCACAAACAUGGGACAACUCUAGCUACAGUGUUCCAUCUGAAGGAGACAGUGACAAUGUGUUUCUUAGACCACAGAGAAAUUUGGAAUCUAUAGACCCACAGUUUACAAUUCGUCGGAAAAUGGAACAGUUGAGAGAAGAAAAAGAACUGGUGGAACAGCUCAGAGAGAGCAUCGAGAUGAGACUCAAGGUCAGCCUGCACGAAGACCUGGGGGCUGCCCUCAUGGAUGGCGUCGUCCUCUGCCAUCUGGUCAACCACAUCCGCCCGCGAUCCGUCGCAAGCAUCCAUGUCCCCUCACCAGCAGUCCCUAAACUUAGCAUGGCCAAAUGCAGAAGAAACGUGGAAAACUUUUUGGAAGCAUGCCGAAAAUUAGGAGUACCAGAGGCUGACCUCUGCUCUCCGUAUGACAUCCUGCAGUUGGAUUUUCGUCACAUUCGAAAGACUGUUGACACUCUGCUGGCACUCGGGGAGAAAGCCCCACAACCAACUUCUGCCCUCCGCUCCAGGGACCUUAUAAGCUUCUGUCUUGUCCAUAUUCUCUUUGUAGUGCUGAUCUAUAUCACUUACCGCUGGAAUGUUCUGUCUGCAUAAUGCCUGCAUGUGCAUCCCUACACACUGCUCUGUCGCCCUGCUCUGUGACAGGGUCCUUCCUCCCUCUGGGCCUAUGCCUUGCAAACUUCCAUCCCUGUCAUCUCUUCAGUAGUCUCUGGAGUUUCGAAGCCGAACGUUUCCACAUCAGAUUUUCCAGAAGCACAAACUUCAUAGAAUGCAGCUCCCAUUAGAUAGUUUCUCUCACUUGCUGAGAAACAGUGAGGACAGAGGGUAUCCACACCUCUUGCUUCCUCACCCCAUAGUGCCAGCAGCGGUGCUCUGCAGUGCCUCUUCUCUCUCCCAGUGAGCUUUGCUGCCCUGGGUAGAGCCAAAGAAGGUUCCAGAACAGGAGCAGAGGGGAUUUAUGAAAAUCUUUCUAUUGGGUCAGUAUUUAAGUCGACUCCUAAUUCAGGAUUGGGCAAUUUAACUGUAGAGGGAAGACAGAAAGCCAGCAUUUGGGGUCCAAUUUGGUCUAUAACAAUCUUUAAUAAUGCCACCGUUGACCAAGUUGAAAAAUACCAUCUGGAGAAUGACUGCUUUAAUGGCCAUCCAGUUGACUUCCUCCCUGCUUCCCGCAGCGGGAGCUGUGAAGGGCACCAGGGAGGGUGACCCCCCACUUCCACCCCGAGUGAGCCCCUCUGCCCUGCUGCCUGAGACAGAGCUGUGCAGAAGGGCGCUGGGGAGGAAGGGUCCGGCGCAGUCAGAGUGCGCCCCCUGGAGGAUCCACGGCACACCACUCUUUCUGCGUAGUUUUACUUAUUCCUUGUUUGGUCUACUCUGACCGAGGCUCUUAGAAAGCAUUUUCCAAAAAGGGUUUCUAUUUUUAAAUAAUGUAAUGGGUCAUUUCGCUUUUUUUUUUUUUUUUUUUUGCUACAUCACAUCAUAACUUCAGGUCUAGAAUGUGAUGGAUUUGACAGUAUUUAUUUUCAAAUAAAGCCAUGAGUCAUGGAACAUUCUUGGGCCUAGGGCUGGGGUUACUAUGACAGGAGCCAAUAAGAUUGCUCUUAUUUUAGAAGAAUGUAGUUUCUUCAGUGACUUGAAAUUUCCGUUUAACCUUUGAUUUCCAGUGACAUUAGCAACCUGCUUUUAUGUUUAAGCUUAAAGGAUUAUAUGUUAAUAACUAUAUCUGCUUUCGGAGCGAUGUGAUCAGUUUGCAAUUAAAGAAAAAAGACAUUAGAAUCUUAUCUAGGACAAGAUAUUCCUGGUUCUGGGAUGUCGUUUUAUAAUAUGAGACAGCCCUGCUCCAAGGUGAAGACAGACUCUCCUAUGCUUCAGUUUACAUCUGGUUGCCAAAUACUGUUUCUUAAAUUGGUGGGGGGGAUGAUUGAGUUCACUUCCUCAAGAUAAAUUUCUAGUUUACUCACAUGGAAACAGUCUUUAUAGAUGGCUACUAAGAAGAUAAUUUUAUUUUUCUGAACAUUUCCAUGAAUCCAGGGGACUUGAGGUUGUGGAAAGCUCACAUAGAAGAAUAUAUUUAUAUAAAGAUCCUUUGUUGGUAAAUCAGACCAGAUUUUCUAACAGGAGACAUUCUUUACAUGAUAAUAUCUUGAGUUAACUGAGCUUUUCCCUCCUGAUUUUGGGUUGAUUGAUGAAAUACAGGGUAUGUGGAAGUUAUCUAACGUCAGUUGUGUAAUAAGUAACCCGCAGAUGUACUGAAUUGCCUUUGGUGCUAUCUUGUACUCUUCAAUCUGUAACACAAUAAAAUCCCUUUGUACGAUGUCUAACGAGCACCCUGAGCCAUAAGUUGCUUAAUAAACACAUUUUGGGUGAUAGAUCCAAGUUUUUAUGGGCCCAUCGAUACGUUAAUUUGUGUGCAUCCAGAGUCGCGCUCAGCGCUUCUGUCCAGCUCUGCAGCGCAUUGAGAUUUCCCUUCAAGGAUCACUGCUGUUUGGAUUUUUCUUCUUGAAGCGGGUGCGGGGCACAGGGGAAGAAGAGAGAUGACUUACUGGGUGACCACCUGAAAGAAAAUUCUGUCAAUGAAAACUGAGUAGCGCAAUCCUGGGAGAUCAGAUUUAAUUUUCAGUGCUGACUUGACAUAGUUCUUUGGCUGUGUUCAUAUUUCAGUUCUGGCAUCCAGUGUAUUUUUUGGAUGCACUUUCACUUCUCAUGUCAUUAGUGUAUCUGUACCCUAAUGUGUUGCUCCUCUGGGGAUCUGUUAGGUGGUAUUUUUUCAUCAAGUAGUCUGGUAACAAGCAGAACACAAUUAAUUUAGCCCUUUAGGCAAAGCUUGGAAUGAACUGUCUUGCCCAUUACUGCUCAUUUCUGUUCAGAAUAUUAUUAAGCCUCCCCAUGGUUCUUCCCCAAGGUACUCACACACCGACUCAUAGGCUAGCACGAUGCCUGCCGUUGCCACGUGACUGGGGAUACUUGGCCAACCCACU